GACCUGGUGGGUUUGCUCAUCAAGCCACAAGGCCACUAGUUUGAAAACUAACUACUAAUAUUCAAAAUGAGGCAAUAAACCUGACUUCAAGAUGUCAGAGGAAGAAGAUUCUUUUCUGAAUGUUAAAAGAUCUCUGAAAAAGAGAAUGGUGAAACACAGCACUCCAGUGGACUCAGUGCUUUCAAGAACAAUGCCAUCUCUUAGAGAUCUGACAAAUCCGUCAAUCAAGGACCAAGAUGCCAGUAAGAGAGCUUAUGGAUCUCCGGUGCCACAAUCACAUUUAAAUAGAUCGUUAGCUCAAGUCUCAUUAGUAGGUGUUGAAGCAUACUUCCCUCAUAUGUCCCCAAAAAGGCUUUCAACAGUGUUUGACUCACAAGAAUUAAGCCAAAGCUCUCGAGCUGUAUUUUCUAGAAGGAGGCUUUCCACAGUGUUGGCCUCUGAUGAAUCAAAUGAAGAGCAAAGUGACAAGGUUGUCCCAAACAUGGAAACUGAAGCUCCUGCCAAAGCAUCUGAGGAGGCUGCAGUAAUUUCCAAGAGUGGACCUUCAUGGCUUGUUACUGGAAUACCAGGGGUAAAAGAUGUCCCGAUAGUAAAAACCAGAAAGAAGAAAAUUGAUAAAGCUCUUGUGAGAAAGAAACAAAGAGAAUGGGUGCUUCGUCAACUUAAAAACAUUGAGGAGGCAACUGAACAUGAACUGACAAUUGAAGAAGCUUGAUUGAACUACCUAUAGAAUUAUUGCUAUCGCAUCCUUCUUGUGGGAAUAGCUGGCUCCAAUAAAUCACACCCCUGACUAGUGCCUGUUAGAAUUCCUCUUUCCUUCCAAAAUGUUCUCUUUUUGUUUGUUUGUUUUUGUGACUCUUUUUGCCCCUCAAAUCUAGGAGGAGUCAGGUACAAAUUAAGUAGUGCCUCUACAUGAGACCCAAUAUUAAUUUAUAAUGACUGAAGGCCUGGAACAAAGAAGGGAGGGAGAACUUUGUAAGAAUCAUUCUUCAUCCUGCCACAGCUCUUCCUGACCAUUCUAUUUUGUGUAGCAUUCAAAUCUUCUAGGGUUGCUGAUGUUCCUUAAGUGACAAAGUCCUGGUGGCCACAUAGAGUGUAAUCCUGGUUAGCUGAAGGAGAAUCUCCUUGUCUAAAGAGUAAUCAAAGCUGAUGCAAUCGGGAAUGUUUUUGCUGCUAGCUGGGGAGAUGAGGAAAUAGCGAGAGGCACCAAGGAGGGAGGCCAGCCUCUAGAGAUUACUAAUUAAUAACAGUUUGUUUUGAAGUUUUGGUUCAAAAAUCAGUUUGUCCCAGCCCUGGACUGUAAAUGCACUUCAUUGUUGCAUUGGAGGUCCUUAAUGCUCAGCUGUGUGCUAUGAGGAGGUAUGGGUUUUCUGUUUUUUCUCUGGAGCUACAGCAUGGAGGGGGAAGAAGGGUAUCUCCCUGACAGCUGUAUUGGCAAAAUGGCAAUUUAGCUCACAGCAACUCUUUCUGAAGCAUCAGUCAAGAAGUGAUGCAAAAAGCAUAAGGCUCAUGUUAGUUUCUACUGCUGUCUGUUACUUAAUCUUUAAGCAGAGCUUAAAUUUUUAAGUGAUCUAUGGGGCAUCAGCAGCAGGCACCCAGAACAGAUUUACCAUGUACAUGUGCAUAUCCCUGCACUUGUGUGGCUCUAGCACGUGCACUUUCCUGGCUAUAAUGGUUUUGCAGCCUGUCCCAGGCACUACAUAACCACCCCAAAGGGGAGAGGUCCUGUUCAAAAGAAGCUGCAAAUUAAGGAUGGAAGCAAGGGAAGCUUUUACACUUCCUUUCCACACACUGAAACUUGUAAGAGCUCAUGUCCAAGAUGGCAGAGAAACAGAAGCAUGGUCCAAGCCAACAUUAUGAGACAGGCUAACCAAUAACAUCUGUGUUAUGCUCAAAAAUGCAAGAGUGGAGUUGUGGUUUUACAACCUCUCUCAGGAUUUAAAAGGAAUUAGGAUGUUUUUGCUAAUGAUUCCUGAAGUGAAACUCUUCAGAGUUUCUCAGGAGAACAGCCGUGUCCUCAGACCUGGCUUUCUGCCAUAGCAGGGCAGUGGGGUGAUGUUGCCCCUCAGGUCACCAGCCAAGGCAUGCUCACUUAGUUUGAUGUUUAGUUAAUGUUCUGGUAUUUGUUUGUGUGUGUUACCCAGGCUGCUUGUCUGGCCUCCACAGGUUCCUCUGGCAACCAGGGAGCUCCUGGCUGAUGUAGAUCUCAAGCUGCUUUUGAGAUAAAAUAGGCAUGGUUGCAGAUGUGCUGCGAUUCCCCUUGAGCUUGCAGGCAUUUCAUCAGCAUCUAUGAUCUGUGCCAGGGGCUGAACUAAGAUGAGGCAAGUGCAAGGUUAGUGUAAAACCCUCCUGUACUUCUGGAACAAGUGCAGAUUAGUCUGGCCAUAUGACCCAAUGCUUAAUCCAAAUGACCCAGUUCUGUCUCUUGUUUAUUUGUACCUUCCCAGAUAGCCAGUUCCACUUGUUCCUUCUUCAGGCUUCUCAUCUUGGUCUAAGAAAGUCUUGAUACUGCUUCUGCUUUUCUCUCUCCCAGUCACCUCUCAAAGUCACUCUUCACUCCUGCCUGAGCCCAUCCAGUUCCUUGGUCUUCAAAUGUUUCUAUCUAAUGUCUUCUCCAAUCUGGUCUACAGUGGCUUCCUUCCUUAUAAGACACAGAAGUCUUCUGUCUUCCAUAUCUGCUCUUCACUGCUGGAUUGCUUGCCCAUCUGAUACCCUCUGAUACCUGAUGUCAGUCUUCUGCCAAAACUCAGACUCAGCUGUCAUACCCCUAAGUGCCUUAGGUUGACUCCCUUCAUGAUGCUACACCAAGUGGAAAGGUCAUUAAAGGCAAAUUGGACCAAGUUCCAGCCCUUGGCAGACCAGGGAUGUAGUUGCUGGGAAAGUCCUUCUUAGGCCCAGCUUCAUGCUACAUCAAAUGCAAGAGGAAUCUGGGGAAUAUGGCUGCUUAACAUCUAACGAGUCUUUGGGUUUGUGCCAAGAACAACACAAAACUUUCUAAGAUUCAGAACACCGUAAACGCUGGAAAAGUUUUCCAGGGAACAAGGGUGCUGCCGUACCAAAGUCACAGAACUAGUUGGUUCCAAUCAGAUCCCAGAGAUGUUCCUCAGUGGAGGGAAAUAAAUUGCCCCAAGUGGUAACACAGAAUUGACUUUGACUGGGUCUUUGCAAGUCCUUAAGCUGUGUCAGGCAAACGUGUACAAAACCUUUGGGCUUUCAGGAUUUUGGAAACCACUUCUAUUUCCUCUUUGGAAUGUUUAA